UUGACUUCCGUCUGGCCUAGCUACAGCUUCCCCUUGGCUGUUUCAGGAAGUCACCUCCCUUCCCCUCUGAUGCAUCCCCCCCCUUUCCUCAGCCUGGCUGUACCGCCAUACUCUCUGAGCUGCCAUUUCCCCCAGGGCUCCCCAGGAUCCCCUACCCCCUGCCAGGAACUCCCUCUCCCCUGGUGCUGGGCUAUGGAAGAAGAUGCAGUAAGUGAAGGGGGGGCCAUGGCAGAGGAGCGGCCCCCCCGGCUGGUGGAUUACUUUGUGGUGGCUGGGCUGGCAGGGAGUGGAGGAGCAGUCUCUGAGGAAACUGGGGGCCCUGAACCAGGGGGCCCUGUGCGCCCACCCCGUCCAGCAGAACCCAUCACAGAUGUGGCCAUCAUUGCCCGGGCUCUGGGAGAAGAGGUGCCCCAAGGCUACACUUGUAUUCAAGCCUCGGCUAGUGGCCACCCCCUGGAGCUCAGUGCUGGGCUUCUGGGAGGCUCCCAGCCCACCAUCUGCUAUCGCAGAGGACGAGACAAGCCUCCCCUUGUUGAGUUAGGGGUAUUAUAUGAAGGGAAGGAACAUCCUAAACCAGGUUUCCAGGUGCUGGAGACAACGCCCUACAGCCACUCUGCCAACCUGGCUCCUCCAGGCCCUGGGCAUCCCCGCACCUACCUCACUUAUCGACGGGCAGCUGAAGGGGCAGGGCUGCAUGCCCUGGGUAUCACUGAUCUCUGUCUGAUCUUGCCCAGCAAAGGAGAGGGAACCCCCCACACAUACUGCCGCUUGCCUCGAAAUCUUAAUCCUGGCAUGUGGGGCCCAGCUGUCUACCUGUGCUACAAGGUGGGCCUGGCAAAGGCUAAUACACUGGUCUAUGAGGCAGAAUUGCUAGGCCGGUACCCAGAGCAGGACAAUGAGGCAUUCCCGCUGCCUGAGUCUGUGCCUGUCUUCUGCCUGCCUAUGGGAGCCACUAUUGAGUGUUGGCCUGCCCAAACCAAAUACCCAGUGCCCGUCUUCUCCACUUUUGUGCUCACAGGUGCUGCUGGUGACAAGGUGUAUGGGGCAGCUCUGCAGUUCUAUGAGGCAUUCCCACAGGCUCGGCUGUCAGAGCGGCAGGCGAGGGCACUGGGGCUGUUGAGUGCAGUGGAACGGGGCCGGGCACUGGGUGGCCGGGCUGUGCGCAGCCGCCGGGCUGUGGCAGUGCUAUCCCGAUGGCCUGCCUUCUCUGCUUUCCAUGCCUUCCUCACCUUCCUUUAUCGAUACUCUGUCUCUGGCCCCCACCGAUUGCCCUUGGAAGCGCACAUCUCCCACUUCAUGCACAAUGUUCCCUUCCCCUCCCCUCAGAGACCCCGUAUCCUGGUACAGAUGUCUCCCUAUGACAACCUGCUUCUCUGUCAACCUGUUUCAUCUCCCCUGCCUCUGAGUGGUGCCAGCUUCCUGCAGCUGCUACAGAGCCUGGGACCUGAGCUGGCAGUAACUCUGCUGAUUGCCGUCCUUACUGAGCAUAAACUUCUGGUUCACUCUCUUCGGCCUGACCUGCUCACCAGUGUCUGUGAGGCCCUGGUCUCUAUGAUCUUCCCACUGCACUGGCAGUGCCCCUACAUCCCUCUCUGCCCACUGGUGCUGGCAGAUGUGCUGAGUGCCCCUGUACCCUUCAUCGUGGGCAUCCACUCCAGCUACUUCGACCUGCAUGACCCACCUGCUGAUGUCAUCUGCGUUGACCUUGACACCAACACACUCUUCCAAACAGAAGAGAAGAAGCUGCUCUCGCCCAGGGCCCUUCCCCGCCGGCCAUACAAAGUGCUGCUGAACACCCUGACCACCCUCCACCAGCAGCUGGACCAGACAUACACGAGGCCUGAGGAGGAGGCAUCUUUGGAGUUUCUGCUGACUGACUACGAGGCAGUAUGUGGGAGACGGGCACGGCUGGAGCGGGAAGUCCAGGGUGCCUUCCUUCGCUUUACGGCCUGCCUGCUUAAGGGCUAUCGGGCCUUCCUCCGACCGCUCACCCAGGCACCCUCGGAAAGUGCUCGUGAUGUGGACAACCUCUUCUUCCUUCAGGGUUUCCUAAAGUCCCGAGAACGCUCCAGCCACAAAUUCUAUGCCCAGCUGCUACACACGCAGAUGUUCUCACAGUUCAUUGAGGAAUGCUCCUUUGGCUCUUCCCGCCAUGCUGCCCUGGAGUUCUUUGACUCGUGUGUUGACAAGGUUCACCCAGAGCAAGAGAAGCCGGAGCCUGUGCCCUUGGUGGAGCUAGAAGAGCCAUCAGGGAGUGAACUCACAGUCUUUAUCACCCCUCCUGAGGAGCCCAUAGUGGCUGAGGGCAGUGAGUCUACUCCUCUGUACUGUUAUGAUGGGUUCCCUGAGCUUCGGCCCGAACUGUUUGAGUCCCCCCGGGAACAGCCUAGACUCUCUCCUGCACCAGGCCCUUCUCGAAGUGCACCCAGUAGCCCUGCUCCACGACGUACCAAACAGGAGAUGAAAGUCGCACAGCGAAUGGCCCAGAAGUCAGCAGCAGUGCCUGAGCUAUGGGCACGGUGCCUGCUGGGGCACUGUUAUGGGCUAUGGUUCCUGUGUUUACCUGCCUAUGUUCGGUCUGCCUCUUCUCGAGUCCGGGCUCUACAUACCGCCUACCAGGUGCUUCGACAAAUGGAAAGCCGAAAGGUCGUGCUGCCUGAUGAGGUGUGUUACCGUGUGCUAAUGCAGCUUUGUUCACACUACGGAGAGCCUGUGCUGUCUGUACGGGUCAUGCUGGACAUGAGGAGGGCAGGCAUUGUGCCCAACACUAUCACCUAUGGUUACUACAACAAGGCUGUACUAGAAAGCAAGUGGCCGUCUGGCACCGCAGGUGGCCGCCUACGUUGGGCCAAGCUCCGGAAUGUGGUCCUGGGAACUGCUCAGUUCCGUCAGCCCCUUCGGGAGCGAAAGCAGCAGGAACAGGCAUUGAGGGAGGGAAAAAGUUCCCAGCCAGAGCCCCGCCUGGAGCGGCCUUCCCCGACCCGUCCCCUUCAUCGCCAGACCACCUGGGCAGGGCGAAGCCUUCGGGACCCAGCCUCUCCCACUGGGCGGCUGGUGAAGAGUGGUAGUCUGGGUAGUGCCCGAGGGGCACAGCCCACUGUGGAGGCUGGUGUGGCACACAUGAUAGAGGCCCUGGGUGUCCUAGAGCCUCAGGGGUCCCCUUUGUCCUGGCAUGAUGGCAGCCUCUCUGACGUAAGCCUUGCAAGUGAAGAUCCAGCGCCUGGAGGCAGCCCUGGGGGAACAGGCAUGGCUCUGAGUGCCCAUUCAGCUGAGGCCCUAGAUGGGCUGGGUGGGCAGGCACCCAAGUCUGGCAAGCGGCAGGAUGCAGUGGGUACUCCCCGGCGGGGAAUAGGUGCCCGUCUACAGCAGCUGCUCACCCCCUCCCGCCGCAGCCCUGCCUCUCGUGCCCCUCCACCUGAGCUGCCCUCAGACUUGCCCCUCCCAGCCCGACGAAGUCCUAUGGACAGCCUCCUGCGACCCCGGGAACGGCCAGGAUCCACUGCCUCUGAGAGCUCCACGUCUCUGGGCAGUGAGUGGGAUCUCUCCGAAAACUCCCUCAGCAGCCUCAGCAUUCAGCGUUCCUCGGAGCGCCUCAGUGACACCCCUGCUUUCUCCCAGCCUUCCCCCAUUGAGAUUCUUCUGUCCAGCUGUUCUCUGUGUAGAGCCUGUGACUCCCUAGUGUAUGAUGAGGAGAUCAUGGCAGGCUGGGCACCGGAUGACUCCAACCUCAAUACCACGUGCCCCUUCUGCUCUCGUCCUUUUGUGCCUCUGCUUAGUGUCCAGACCCUUGACUCCAGGCCCCGUGACCUUCAUAGUACACCCACCUCUACAGGUGCCAGUAAUAGAGAUGCUCCCAUCCCUGGGGGCCCUGGCCCUGUCCUCAGUGACCGACGGCUCUGCCUCGCCCUCGAUGAUUCCUCUGUUUGUAAUGGAGACACUGAGAGUGUUCCAAGGAGAGUAGAAGGUGGGGCGUGGGCGUACCUGAGUCCUCUGGUGCUACGUAAGGAGCUGGAGUCUCUGGUGGAAAAUGAGGGCAGUGAGGUACUUGCAUUACCUGAGCUUCCUGCUGCCCAUCCCAUCCUCUUCUGGAAUCUGCUUUGGUACUUCCAGCGGCUUCGGCUGCCCAGCACCUUGCCUGGCCUCAUCCUGGCUGCCAGUGAUGGGCCUCCCCCAGCCCAGGCCCCAUCCUCUUGGCUGCCUUCAGAACCGGCUAUGGUGCAGAUACGACUGCUAUGGGAUGUGCUGACCCCUGACCCUGACAGUUGUCCUCCCCUCUACGUCCUUUGGAGGGCUCACAGCCAGGUCCCUCAUCGGGUGACAUGGCCAGGCACAGCACCUGCACCUCUGAAUCUUGCUCUGCUGGAGACUGUGCUUCUCCACGUAGGGUUAAAUGAAGUACAUAAAGCUGUGGCACUUCUCCUGGACACACUAGGCUCCCCACCUGGGGGCCUGCACCUCCAGCGAAGCAUCUACCGAGAGAUUCUCUUCUUGACAAUGGCUGCACUGGGCAAGGACCAUAUGGAUAUAGCGGCCUUUGACAAGAAGUACAAGGCAGCCUUCAAUAAGCUGGCGAGCAGCUUGGGCAAGGAGGAGUUGCGUCGGCGGCGGGCACAGAUGCCCACCCUGAAGGCCAUCGACUGUCGCAAGUGUUUUGGGGCACCUUUGGAAUGCUAGGACCUCUGGGCCUCUUAUCCCAGCCUAGGGGACAGAGGAAUCUCUGAGUAAUGUCUUUCCUCUGAUCCCUAAGGUUAGGGAGAAUGCCAGGCUGAUUGCCCAGUCUGUGGGCAUUGAUUGAGGCAGGAGAGGUCACUGAUACCAAAAGUCACAACUCCUCUUGUUUCUGACCCGCUUUUCUUGUGCUGAUGUGGGAGGAGAGUUAGCACAGCUCUGCUUCUCCUGCCCUCCACAAAUCCAGGUGCGUCCCUCCAAGGCACCCCUAGAUCCAUGCCCACCUGUCAUUUUAGAAGUUUUUGUUUUAAAAAACAACUGGAAAGAUACAGAACUGCUGAGCCUCUGCCUUGGUCCUGGGGAGGGGGGCUGUUGUCACCUUCCCUUCCAGGUCAGAAAUGCUCCCCUUCCCACUUGGGCCCAUCCCCACCCCUGCCUUCUGCCUCAGUAUUGAUAUUUUAUUUUAUAUUAUUUAUUCUGGAGCCACAACAGCUGCCUCGAUUUUGGGGUCCCUGUUAAGAUUGGAAAGGUGGGGAGCUGAAACUCCUGGACCCUGUAGUUGUAUCCCUCCCCCCCUUUCCCUAAGAGAAUGAGAACUCAGGGAGGCAGAAGCUUGGUUUCCCCACAAACAUUUUACAUCCCCACUUUCAGCCCCAGGACUUGGGGUAUUCUUCCCUGCUUUCCCUUACCCCCUUCCCUUCUUCCCGGGGCUGCUUCUCCCAGCCAGGGCCCUGAUCUGUGCAAUAACGAUUGUCUUUGAGGUUUUGUUGGAUGUAAAUACAGUAAAAGCUGCUUCUCUCUUUUC